GCCCCGCCUCCGCAGUGGUCUUCCUGUGAUUGUGUUGUCUGCAUCCUAUUGGGCAGACGCAUCUUGCCCGUCGUCACACAUUACACAUUUUCACUUUACGCGUAAAAUAUUAUUAAAACAUGUCGUCUUUGUAUAAGCCGUUUUCUGUUUCGGAAGGGCCGUGCAAAGAUGCGAUACUGAGACGAGGAUGCACGCCGCUACAGCAUCCUGCAGCGCUGACACGGAUUCCCUCAGCCGGCGGUGGCUCGACGCGCACUUUUACCCCAAUUCCUAACAUUUAUCCAGGCCAGAGGAAUCUAGCGGCCGCAGCAAUCGGAGGGAGAACAAUCACCCAUCCGUGGAAGGCUAUUCUUGCUGGUGGCAUUGCAGGAGGCAUUGAGAUCUGCAUCACAUUUCCAACAGAGUAUGUGAAGACCCAGCUACAAUUAGAUGAAAGAGCAAAUCCUCCACGGUACCGAGGCAUAGGUGACUGUGUUAAGCUGACAGUGCAGGAUCAUGGGUUGAGAGGUCUAUACAGAGGACUUAGUUCACUGCUUUAUGGAUCCAUCCCGAAAUCUGCAGUACGGUUUGGGACAUUUGAGGUUCUUAGUAACCCGAUGAGGGAUGCCACGGGGCGGCUUGACAAUAAAGGCAGUUUGCUGUGUGGGCUUGGAGCGGGAAUUGCAGAGGCAGUGUUGGUGGUCUGUCCAAUGGAGACAGUCAAGGUGAAAUUCAUUCAUGACCAGUGCUCUCUGAGGCCACGCUAUCGAGGGUUCUUCCAUGGUGUACGGGAAAUAAUUAGAGAUCAAGGUGUCCGAGGGACGUAUCAAGGACUGACUGCUACACUUCUGAAGCAGGGCAGCAACCAGGCUAUACGCUUUUAUGUUAUGAACUUGUUGCGCAACUGGUACAAAGGCGAUGACCCCAGGCGUGACAUGCAUCCGCUAGUUACAGCGUUGUUUGGAGCAACAGCCGGGGCAGCCAGUGUUUUUGGGAACACGCCACUUGAUGUGGUGAAGACUCGAAUGCAGGGUUUGGAGGCUCAUCGCUACAAGAGCACGUUAGAUUGUGCAUUCCAGAUUUUGAAGAAUGAAGGCCCUCAAGCGUUCUACAAAGGCACGGUCCCACGACUGGGCAGAGUGUGUCUAGACGUGGCCAUUGUUUUUGUUCUCUACGAGGAGGUUGUAAAGCUACUGAACAAUGUCUGGAGAACAGACUGAAGAUGGACCAGGUUGCAGAACUGAUCGAGACAGACUGAACUAUCCACACACAGUUGGCCAUGUCAGUCAAGUCUAAAGAUCCAGACUUGAACCGUGACCUCUGGCCUAGAGGAUUUAAACCAUCCAUCUGUGUCUGUAUAGUUGAAGCCAGGAGCUUGAGCCACGAGAAAGAACCUGUAGCUUACGGUAUAUUUAUUGACGCACAAAAAUAUUGAUACAUGAGCAAGUGUUUCAUCAGUUUGCACUUCUGUAAAAUCGUGCAAGUGUCUUCUCUCCACUAUUCUUUUAUAGAGGUUGUCGUGAGACAGUCUACUUAUGUGGCAUGAAAUGUAAAAGCACAACCAAGUACGCAGAAAUAUCAAUGUAAUGCACAUGUUCUUUUGUCCUAGUUUACAUAUACAGCUCUGAAAAUGUGCUUUUCUAAGAAGUCAAAUGUAUCGUGAUGUUGCCGCAAGUUUUAAAACUGGUCGAGGCUCAGACAUUCGUGAUACUCGAUAUAAAACUAGCAUGUUGAGUGCAAUCAUGAAGACCAGGGCAUUCAAGCUUGAUGUUUUUUAUACAAUGUAAAUGGCAGCUU